ACUUUGGGGUCGACGUCCUGCAUAUGUUCGGAUAAAACGGGAACGUUAACCGAAAAUAGAAUGAGCGUCACGCAUCUCUUUUGUAAUUUCGCCAUCUACGACAAGGACGAUCACACGCACGUUUCAGAUUCGACGUACGCCGAGCUGUGCCUAGCGGCGUCGCUUAAUUUGAAGGCUGAAUUUGCGCACGACAGCAUGAAAUCUCCCGUCAAACAAAGAAAAAUUAUUGGCGACGCAUCGGAGUCGGCGAUACUUAGAUACAUGGAAAUUAAUAGGUCGGCGACGCAAACUCGGGAAAUGAAUCCGAAAGAAGCCGAGAUACCUUUCAGUUCGGCCUACAAAUAUCAGGUCACCAUCCACCGCAUGCAGAGCACCCAAAGUUAUUACCUAACUAUGAAAGGUGCUCCCGAGAUUGUUCUCGAUCAUUGCAUUAAUGUGGUGACCGACGACGGGUACAUUCCGAUGACUCCGGAAAUAAAGAAGGAGUUAAAAUCUUAC